AUGCAUAGUAUACGUCUAGUGAUGAGUACCUUCAUCAUAACAAUCCUUGUGCUUAUGUACGUAUCGCGGGUUGCAGAGGCGAUCCCAGUGUACGACAAUGAAAUCGAAGAGCUACUCGAUGGACACAGUGUUCCCGAAGCUAAGCAGCGGAUUCUGCAACUCGAUGUGAAGGACGUGGUUAAGGAACACUACAUCCGGGAGUUGGCAUAA